CACGACCAGCACACCCAAAAUGCCUCCCAAGAAGACCACCACUGCCGCCAAGGAGAACGUCUCUCUCGGUCCUCUGGCCGGAGAUGGCAAGCUCGUUUUUGGCGUUGCUCGUAUCUUCGCCUCUUUCAACGAUACCUUCGUCCACGUUACCGAUCUGAGUGGUCGCGAAACCAUCUGCCGUGUCACCGGUGGUAUGAAGGUCAAGGCUGACCGUGACGAGUCUUCUCCCUAUGCUGCCAUGUUGGCUGCUCAGGACGUCGCUGCCCGCUGCAAGGAGCUCGGCAUCAACGCUCUCCACAUCAAGAUCCGUGCCACUGGUGACCCCGGUCCCGGUGCCCAGUCCGCUCUCCGUGCCCUUGCUCGUUCUGGCAUGAGAAUUGGCAGAAUCGAGGACGUGACCCCCACUCCUUCCGACUCUACUCGUCGCAAGGGUGGUCGCCGUGGUCGUCGUCUGUAGACGUGUGCGGGUGUGUCUUUGUCCAUGUCGUGCAAUUCGUUUGCACGGCUGGGCUGGAGGCUACCGCCAGGGCCUUGUGCCCGCGGAUGUGGAUGGAAUAAACGCGAAGAACGGCCCUUAUCGCCUGGUCUUCAAUUUUUCUCAUGUCCAAAAGUUUUUGUCUUCAGUUCGGGGUCUCAUAGUCUGUUAGCCAGUAUAGCAGCUAUCUCUGCC